CUCUCCUCUCUCUCACACACACACGCACAAAACCCUCUGUCAUGGCGUCUUCCAACAAUGUUACUCCCACCAACUGUAGCUGGUGGCCCAUUUCAGCCAUGGAGGAAGAUGGCAAAAUCCCAGACGGAGAGGAGAGUCACGAGCCCACGAUACACGAACACAAGCCAUACUCCAAAGACAGGCUCGUGCUGUACCACUGGACCCAGUCCUUCAGCUCGCAGAAGGUGCGUCUGGUGAUCAACGAGAAAGGGCUGUUGUGUGAAGAGCGGGAUGUCAGUCUGCCUCUCACUGAGCAAAAGGAGCCUUGGUUCAUGAGGCUCAACCUAGGAGAGGAAGUGCCGGUGUUCAUCCACGGAGACACCAUCGUCAGUGACUACAACCAAAUCAUAGACUAUAUAGAGACCAACUUUGUAGGAGACACAGUAGCCCAGCUGAUUCCAGAUGAAGGCACUCCCUUGUAUGCAAGAGUCCAGCAGUACCGAGAGCUGUUGGACGGGCUGCCCAUGGAUGCUUACACACAUGGAUGCAUUCUUCACCCUGAACUCACAACCGACUCCAUGAUCCCAAAGUACGCCACUGCUGAAAUACGUAGACAUUUGGCCAAUGCAGCGUCUGAACUGAUGAAGUUGGACCACGAGGAGCCUCAGUUGACAGAACCAUACCUCUCCAAGCAGAAAAAGCUCAUGGCAAAGAUCUUGGACCACGACAAUGUGAACUACCUGAAAAAAAUCCUUGGAGAAUUGGCAAUGGUACUAGACCAAGUAGAGGCAGAGCUGGAAAAGAGAAAACUGGAAUAUCAAGGUCAAAAGUGUGAAUUAUGGCUUUGUGGACCUACUUUUACACUAGCUGAUAUUUGUCUUGGAGCCACGUUGCACAGGCUCAAGUUCUUGGGACUCUCGAGGAAAUAUUGGGAGGACGGGAGCCGGCCGAACCUGCAGUCGUUUUUUGAGCGGGUGCAGAAGCGCUACGCCUUCCGCAAGGUAUUGGGGGACAUCCACACCACUCUUCUUUCAGCGGUUCUACCUAAUGCUUUCCGAAUGGUAAAAAAGAAGCCGCCGUCCUUUUUCGGGGCAUCCUUCCUAAUGGGCUCUCUCGGAGGGAUGGGCUAUUUUGCCUAUUGGUUUUUAAAAAAGAAAUACAUGUAGUGAAUGUGCUCUUGUAGUGUUUUGUGUCUGUGUAUAUGUGUGAUGGUUGAACUUUUUCGGUUACACUGUUUUACGAGAGCAGGAGCAACGAGACAAAUAUACAGAGAUUAACACUAUUACUUACCUGGGUGAACAAUUAAAUAAAUAUAUAAUGAGAACAUUCCAAGACUAGGAAUUCUUCUUAACAGCACCUUCUCUGGUAAUGAAUGCCUUCAUUUUUGUUUCUGUUUAUGAUUUACUGGUAUAUUUUAUUCAUUUUGUGCUUGAGUAGAGCACAAGUAUGUUGUUUCGUUUAAUCCAGAUUAUAAACACUGCACAUUCUGCCAUUUACUGGUUGUUUUGAUUAUUUAGAUUAUAUAGCACAAUGGCCAAGUAAACUUGAAGUAUGUUAUGACUUUAAUUCCCAAAACAAUGUUUGUUAAAGUACACUGAAUUCUUACGUGUCUAUCUUUUGUACUAUCUGCCACUGAUCGCUUUACACACUACAAAAAACACUGUAUUCUGCCUAAAAAUAUCUGGAUGUUCUUAAAAAAUGAUGAAUAUACAUGAAAAGCAACACUUCAUGAGAUUCAUUCAUUCAUUUUCCUUCGGCUUAGUUUUUGAUUUAUCAGAGGUCGCCACAGCGGAAUGAACCGCCCACUUCAUGAGAUAAUAUGUAUUAUUUGUGUUUAUUCCAUCUCACAUAUUUUGCAUGAAUGUAUUUACAGCUUACAUAUAUAUCCGGCUUAGUCUGAUUUAUCAGAGGUCACCACAAUGGAAUGAACCACCAACUAUUCCAGCAUAUGUUUUACGCAGCAGAUGCUCUUCCAGCCGCAACCCAUUACUGAGAAACACCCAUGCACUCUUGCAUUCACACACACUCAUACGCUAUGUCAUAUUACAUUCAUUCAUUUAUUUUUCUUCGGCUUAGUCCCUUUAUUCUUCAGGGGUCACCACAGUGAAUGAACCGCAAACUUAUCCAGCAUAUGUAUUGCACAGCUGAUGCCCUUCCAGCUGCAACCCAGUACUGGGAAACAUCCAUACACACUCAUUCACUACGACCAAUUUAGUUUAUUCAAUUCACCUAUAGUGCAUGUCUUUGGACGGUGGAGGAAAUUGUAGCACCCGGAGGAAACCCACGCGAACACGAGAAGAACAUGCAAACUCCACACAGAAAUGCCAGCCAGGGCUCGAACCAGCGACCCUCUUGUUGUGAGGCAACAGUGCUAACCAUUGAGCCACCAUGCAGCCUCAAUUAUACUUUUUAUAUAGAUGUAAGCUACAAAAACACGAUUUAAUGAAAAUGGUGACAUUAUGCACAUGCGUAUUACUUGAUCAGUCUGUAAGAGUACAUCACAACCAAAUCAUGGAGCACAGGACCAUAUGUAGACAGAUGCAUAAUGUUUCUGUACAAACUGACAUCGCCACCUACUGGCCUGGCAUGAAUAAUUUGUAGAUUUUAUUUGGUCAUUUUUGCUGAUUUGUGUGAACAAACAAACAGUUCAUCCAAUGCAAAACUUCAAAAAUGUAAACAUAUUUUCCAUUUGCUUACCUUCAGUGGGUGACCAUGUGAGUGUCAGAGAGUUAGCUGCCAGCAAUAAUUGCUAGUUGAUUUGAUAGUACAUCAUUGCUGUGAACUACAGAAAAAUAAAUAAAUAAUACAUUAUCAGUAAACUGUUGCUGUGUAAACAAACAAUGCACUACA